CGGCUUUGUGUGGAGGCCCCGUCACUGCUGCUGCCCCCGGCACGUCACAAAAACGGGGAGGCCGGCCGACAGGCCCCAACCCCGACGGCGAGCCUCCCGGGAGCUGGCCUGCGGUCGCCCGCCCGGCCCUUUUGCGACGCGGGCCCGGCAUGCUCGCGAGGACCCAGGCCCAUUCCCAGGCCGCGACUCUCUGGACGCCCGGCUGCUGGGAGCAUUUGUAUUUUCUUAUCUUAGCGGAGUUCCUCUUUCCAACCACUUGCCUACACUAACCCGUUGGCCUGUCCUCUGUGGAAUCUCUGUUGUCCUGGAUUCCUUAAAGGCUUUAGGCUGUUUCACCAACUUGAUGCCGAAAGGAAAGAAGGCCAAGGGGAAGAAGGUGGCUCCGGCCCCUACUGUCGUGAAGAAGCAGGAGGCUAAGAAAGUGGUGAAUCCCCUGUUUGAAAAACGGCCUAAAAAUUUUGGUAUUGAACAGGACAUCCAGCCCAAAAGAGACCUCACCCGCUUUGUCAAAUGGCCCUGCUAUAUCAGGUUGCAGCGGCAGAGAGCCAUCCUCUACAAGCGGCUGAAAGUGCCUCCUGCAAUUAACCAGUUCACCCAGGCCCCGGACCGCCAGACAGCUACUCAGCUGCUUAAGCUGGCCCACAAGUAUAGACCAGAGACAAAGCAAGAGAAGAAGCAGAGGCUGUUGGCCUGGGCCGAGAAGAAAGCAGCUGGCAAAGGGGACGUCCCCACUAAGAGACCACCUGUCCUUCAAGCAGGAGUCAACACCAUCACCACCUUGGUGGAGAACAAGAAAGCUCAGAUGGUGGCGAUUGCACACGACGUGGAUCCCAUUGAGCUGGUUGUCUCCUUGCCUGCCCUGUGUCGAAAAAUGGGAGUCCCUUACUGCAUUAUCAAGGGGAAGGCAAGACUGGGACGUCUAGUCCACAGGAAGACCUGCACUACUGUAGCCUUCACACAGGUUAACGCGGAAGACAAAGGUGCUUUGGCUAAGCUGGUGGAAGCCAUCUGCACCAAUUACAAUGACAGAUACUAUGAGAUCCGCCGUCACUGGGGAGGCAAUGUCCUGGGUCCCAAGUCUGUGGCUCGCAUCGCAAAGCUAGAGAAGGCAAAAGCUAAAGAGCUUGCCACGAAACUGGGUUAAAUUUACAGUUUUCUGUAAAUAAAAAUAAAACAAAAUUUUCCUUCAAA